AUGCCAGGAUACCACGGCAAAACAGAGCCUGGGACCAGGUCUAAAGUAACGUUUAAAAUCACCCUGACGUCGGACCCCCGGCUGCCAUACAAAUUCAAAGUGCCAUCGGCUACCAGUGCAAUCAUAACAAAUGAUGGAAUAGGAAUCAACCCUGCCCAGACAGCGGGCAACGUGUUUCUCAAACACGGCUCAGAGCUCCGCAUCAUUCCCAGAGACAGAGUGGGAGGACAAGGAGACUGAUGCAGCUUUUCCUCGUUGGGCGGCAAAAUGACUCACCCGGCAGAAUCAUAUAACACUUGAGACCCAGGAAACACCUCAGCUUGUGUCAUAUUUAUUUUCUGGCCCGCAACUGACAUGAGAAUAUACAGUAUACAUAUUUAAAGUUGAUGAUGACAUGCACACACUUGCAUGCUUCCUACUUCUUCAUUCUCGAUCAAGUUCAUUUUCUCUGUAAGUGUUGUAGCAUCAAAAGAUUAACAUUGACAUCAAGAGAUUCUUGGUCAUUUAUGCACAGGCACAGCAGGUGCAUCAUGGGACAUAUUAGUGCUAUGAUUUGAAAACUGAGUCAACAUUACUAGCUUUUGUAUCUUUGUAAAUGACAAUAAAUCAUCCAUAUGACCAACAGCAA